CAUUCAGUAGCAUUCGGUUUCAAGAUUACGGAGAGUUAUUGAGAGAAGUUUGAGCUUGUUUUUUUCUUGAGGAUACAAGUGCUGCUUCCAUACAAAGUCCAUCUUUGUAUCCUGCAUGGGAGAAGUUUAUUAACAAAAUCCUAGAAGCACAUCUGAAAAAGAAAUUCUAGACUCAAUAUCUCGUCCGGGAGUACGUUCACCUUCCAGGAUUCAAAAAUGGUGAAAUCAAUGGUGUUUCGUGUGCUAUUGGUGUUGCAACUUUGUGUCCAUCUUCAAUCAGAGGUUCAAUCGUUGGCCACUCCUUCUGAGCAUGAUUUUAGCUACUCAAAAUCUGUGGUUAAUGCCACUGAUCUUCCACAAGAAGAAGUAUAUGACUACAUCGUAGUUGGAGGGGGUACCGCAGGGUGUCCAUUGGCAGCAACUUUAUCAUUGAACUAUUCGGUGCUCGUUUUAGAAAGGGGAAGUUUUCCUGCAUCAUAUCCGAAUGUCUUGACUCAAGAUGGGUUUAUUUAUAAUCUCCAGCAAGAAGAUGAUGGAGAGACACCAGUUCAAAGGGUCAUGUCAGAAGAUGGUAUUCCUACUGUUAGAGGAAGGAUCCUCGGCGGCACGAGCAUAAUCAAUGCUGGCGUUUACGCAAGAGCUAACAUUUCAUUCUUUAGUCAAUCAGGAGUUGAAUGGAACAUGGAUUUGGUUAAUGCAACAUAUGAGUGGAUCGAAGACACUAUUGUGUACAAGCCAAAUGCAUUCGCUUGGCAAACUAUUACACAACAAGCAUUUUUGGAGGCUGGUGUUUUACCAGACAAUGGAUUCAGUUUGGAUCACGUACUGGGAACUAGAAUCACGGGCUCAACUUUUGACAAUAAUGGAACGAGACAUGCAGCUGAUGAACUACUUAACAAAGGAGACCUAGACAACUUGCGAGUUGCGGUUCAUGCCAACGUAGAGAAGAUCCUCAUCUCUUCUACUUUUGAAUCAAAUUUGUCAGCAAGAGGAGUCAUAUUUAAGGAUUCUAAUGGGAUUUCUCAUCGGUCAUACGUACGCAAUCAAGGAGAAGUUAUAUUGAGUGCAGGGACAAUGGGGACUCCUCAACUUCUACUACUUAGUGGUGUUGGCCCGGAGUCCUACUUAUCAUCGCUUGGAAUCCCAGUUGUUAUUGACCAUCCUUACGUUGGUCAUUUUCUGUACGACAAUCCUCGUAAUUUCAUAAACAUUUUGCCCCCAAAUCCAGUUGAAGCCUCAAUUGUAACAGCUCUGGGCAUUAGAAACAAUUUCUGGCAAUGUUCUAUCUCGGGUGGGCCACUUACUGUUCCACCCUACAGUUUUUUCCCUAGUCAGUCUUACCCCCUACCAAAUUCGACUUUCCUUCACAUUCCUAACAAAGUUCCAGGACCUUUAUCUCAUGGUUCUCUCACGCUAAAUUCAUCUAAUGAUGUGACUGUUGGCCCAAACGUUGUAUUCAAUUACUAUUCCAAUGCCACAGACCUUGCUCAUUGUGUUAGCGGCAUGAAACAGUUCAGUGAUUUAUUAAGGACCGAUGCAUUUAAACCAUAUAAAACCGAAGAUUUGCCAGGUGUAGAAGGCUUCACCUUUUUAGGAGUUCCUUUUCCAAAUAACCAAACAGAUGAUGCACUCGAAACAUUUUGUCAUGAUUCACUGGCCUCAUAUUGGCAUUACCACGGUGGAUGCAUUGUUGGAAAGGUGGUUGACGGUGGUUUGCGUGUUAGUGGGAUCGAUGCAUUACGCGUUGUUGAUUCUUCCACAUUCCCUGUCACACCGGCGAGCCACCCUAUGGGCUUCUAUCUGAUGUUAGGCAGGUAUAUGGGUCUUCAAAUUCUGCAAGAGAGAUCACCUUGGAUUGGUAUAUCAUCCGCGUGAUUCAACAUUCAAACCGAUAUUUUCCUUAAUUAUGCACUAUCCUUUACUUUUCAAUGCCUUAAUAAUAAACCCAUUAGUUAUUGGGGAUUAUGGUUGGCUGCUCGAAAGGGACGUGUUCUUUCUAUGCACCGGGCUAUCUGUACCUCUUUAUUUCAUGUUUAACAUAUUUCUCUUUUAAUGUUGAGGUUAUCUAAUAAAAUUAGAUCUCUUGAGAUUUUGA